ACCUUCCUCUCAUCCAUCCCCACACUUCCAUGUAUAUAUAACACAUAUAUAUCUAUUUCUUUCUCGCAUAUUCCUUCAAUCACGUUCUCUAAUUCCCCAAUUUCACAUAGAUUUCUCCAUCCGACGAACCCUAAAUCUGCUUCUCACACACUCGGUUAGGUAGUUUAGAAGAUGUCAUCUCCAAGCAAAAGGAGGGAAAUGGAUGUCAUGAAGCUGAUGAUGAGUGACUAUGUUGUGGAGCCGAUAAAUGACGGGAUUAAUGAACUCAAUGUGGAAUUCCAUGGCCCAAAAGAAAGUUUAUAUGAAGGUGGUCUUUGGAAAAUACGUGUGGAGCUUCCAGAUGCUUACCCAUACAAAUCUCCUUCUAUAGGUUUUUUAAACAGGAUAUUCCACCCGAAUGUUGAUGAGUUGUCUGGUUCUGUCUGCUUGGAUGUCAUUAAUCAAUCAUGGAGUCCGAUGUUUGAUCUUUUAAAUGUAUUUGAGGUUUUUCUGCCUCAACUUUUGCUAUAUCCAAAUCCUUCAGACCCGCUAAAUGGUGAUGCAGCUUCACUAAUGAUCAAGGACAAGGAACAAUACGAGAAGAAAGUGAAAGAGUACUGCGAGUUGUAUGCAAAGAAGGGAAAUAUCAGUGGCACGGUCACGGAUGACAGUGAUGAAGAUGAAAGCAAUGAUGAUGUCAGCGAUGGAAGAAGCGAAUCGAGUGAAGAAGAUGUUGCUGGAAAUGCAGACCCAUAAGAACAUAAACCACUACGGAACUCAAAUAUUAUAAAGUUUUUAUUUUAUUUCUUUUUAAUCUCGGCCCUUUUUAACGGGUUUUGUCACAUAGUUUCUUGUAAAACUAGAGCAAAAGCAGAGCCUGUGUCCUGUGAUGCCUGCCAUAGAUGUGUAAUGAAUACUUACAAGUUUUACCUGUCAUUCUGGUUUAUUUAAUGAUGAAUAUAAUUUGGAAUUGGAAUUUAA